GGCCAGGGCCUGGGCGGACGCGGGCCUCGCCAUCGUCGCCACCGACGCCACCCUGAGCACCGACGCCCGGCGCGCACUGGGCGACCUGCUGCAGCGGCACAGCCGCGCGGCUGCUGGAGAUCCCGGCGGAGGCUCUUCGGCCUCCACCGCGGCCGCGGCGCCCGCCCGCGCCGGUCCGGCCACGCCGGAGGGGCGGCGCGGCAGAAGGGACGAUUUUCUCAUCAUCGGGGCGCUAGGCGAAGGCAGCUUCGCGAAGGUGCACCGGGCGAUCGACGGGGCGUCGGGCCGCGAGGUGGCCCUGAAGGAGGUCCGGCGGCCCACGCUGGGCGACGGCCCCGCCGGCCGGCAGCAGAUGCACCAGGAGAUCGAGGUGCACAUGGGUCUCGAGCACCCGCACGUACUCCGCUGCCACGAAAGCUUCGAGGACGGGUUCGGGGGCAUCUUCAUGGUGCUGGAGCUCUGCUCGGAGGACCUCUACCAGCGCAUGCGCAGCAAGCGGACGCUGGCCGAGGCGGAGGCCGCGCGCAUCUUCUCGGAGGCCGCCGAGGCGGUGCAUUAUCUGCACAUGGUGGGGAUCAUGCACAGGGACCUGAAGCCCGAGAACAUCCUCCUCGACGCGCUGCAGCGGUGCAAGAUCUCGGACUUUGGGUGCUGCUGCCGCUGUGGCCAGCUGCAGUUCGGGGAGUGCGGGUCGCCUCGGGCGGACUUUGCUCCCGAGAUGGUCGCUGGCGCCGGCUACGACUGCCGCGUCGACGUGUGGGCGCUGGGGAUUCUGCUCUACGAGAUGCUCGCGGGGCACACGCCCUUCUCCUCCGCCAUGACGGAGGCCGAGACCAGGAGGCAGAUCCUGAGGGCCGAGUUCGAGCUCGGGUCCUGGUCCAGCCUGCCCUGCCAGGCUGGGCAGUUGCUGCGGCUCUUGCUGACAAGGGAGCCCCGGGACAGACUGCCGCUGCUGGAGGCCCUGGCGCACCCGUGGCUGGUCUCGCACGCGGGCGUGGGCGCCGUCUCCCUGGCGGCCUCGCGCGCGGCGGUGCUGGCCGAGCAGCGCAGGCAGCAGGCGGACGCCGACGGCGGGUGCAGCAUCAGGACCGCGGGCGCCUCGGCGCACGCCGCGCUGGCGCGGACGCGAGGGUGCGGGUCGCGAUGCUUCGCGCUGCUCCUCCUCCUCUUCCUCCUCCUCCUCCUCCUCCUCCU